AGAAAUAUUAAAACAAAAAAAAGAAAAAAAAAACAAAAGAAAAGGAAAGAAAAACAAAAAAAAAACUGCAAGAAAAAUUGUGUUCGUUUUAAACCGUGCUGCCGCUCUGUUGUGCUCUAAUUUUGCCAAAUGUUUCAUGCCUUUGAUUACGGCGAUUGUCCGUCUGUCCAUUUAGAGUUGAAUUAUCUAAUAAAACGUUGACUCAAGUGAGACAGCCAUGAAUGAUGAAUAAGACGAAAACAAAGGAUCCGAAAGACGUGAACACUAGCAUUAACUUGGCUAUUGGAAAUACAGAUGAAAUUAUGGAUACGGAUAGUCAACACGAUCCAGAAGCUGAAAGCCAUAUGAUACAUCCAGAUGCUCUGUCUAUGAAUAACAAUGCCAGUAUACAUAGUCCGAUGAGCCAGGCGCUGAGUCCGGUAGUUGGCCUAAGUCAUAAUAGCAAUAGUAAUCAGAGUAAUGCCAAUUCGCCCGGAAGCACAUGCAGUAACCACAACAAUAACAAUAAUAAUACAACUUUCGCGACUAACAACACCAACAACGCAAACAAUAAUAAUAAUAAUAAUAAUAAUAAUAAUCAAACAUCAACGGUAUGUGCAAUAUGUGGCGAUCGUGCUACGGGCAAGCAUUAUGGCGCCUCUAGUUGUGACGGUUGUAAAGGCUUUUUUAGACGUAGUGUGCGCAAAAAUCAUCAAUAUACGUGCAGGUUUUCCCGCAAUUGUGUCGUCGACAAAGAUAAGCGUAAUCAGUGCCGUUAUUGCCGUUUACGCAAAUGCUUUAAGGCAGGAAUGAAAAAAGAAGCGGUACAAAAUGAACGUGAUCGCAUUAGUUGCAGACGGACAUCCAAUGAUGAUCCUGAUCCGGGCAAUGGUCUCUCUGUGAACGCGUUAUUUAAAGCGGAGAUCGAAAGUCGACAAUCGAAGGCUGGUGCUGCGAUGGAAACUAACGCUAACGAUGAUCUCUCUACCAAACAGUUCGCCAGCAUAAACGAUGUAUGCGAAUCUAUGAAACAACAACUGUUAACUCUAGUCGAAUGGGCUAAACAUAUUCCAGCGUUUAACGAGUUGCAGUUAGACGAUCAAGUUGCUCUACUCAGGGCCCAUGCGGGCGAACACUUGUUAUUGGGCUUAUCGCGACGGUCCAUGCACUUGAAAGAUGUCUUACUACUAAGCAAUAAUUGUGUUAUUACCAAACAUUGCCCGGAUCCCCGAGUUUCCCCGAAUUUGGAUAUAUCGCGUAUAGGAGCUCGCAUAAUAGAUGAAUUAGUCAUGGCUUUAAAAGACGUUAACAUCGAUGACACCGAAUUAGCAUGCAUCAAGGCAUUGGUCUUUUUCGAUCCCAAUGCCCGCGGCUUAAAUGAACCUCAACGUAUUAAAAUCUUGCGCCAUCAAAUCCUUAAUAAUUUGGAGGAUUACGUCUCCGAUCGCCAAUAUGAGUCACGUGGUCGUUUCGGUGAAAUUUUACUUAUACUCCCGAUACUACAAUCGAUUACUUGGCAAAUGAUUGAACAAAUACAGUUUGCUAAAAUUUUUGGUGUGGCUCAUAUUGAUUCGCUGCUCCAGGAAAUGCUGCUAGGGGGUGAACUUGCCGAUAAUAACGCGCCUCUGACACCACCAAAUCUUAGUAACUACAGUCCAACGCAUGGUUUAGAUGUCAGUCAAGUCACUUCGACAUUAGAUAUACUCUCUGCUCCUUCGAGCACCGAUCAACUCUCUUCAGAUGCUAUGUCAGCCUGCAUUGAAAAUAGUUUGGAGGCUCAGUUAAUGCCGCCAUUGCUUGACAAUUCUUCGGUAAAUGGACAUUUCAAUUUGGGCCCUCCCUUGGUGCAGCGCAAUCAAAAUAUCGCCUCAACGUCUAGCCUACAUAAUCAGUUGCGUAGAAACGACGGAUCUUCACCUAUGUUUAAUGAGGGCGAACAUAGUAAUGAAGUGAACCAUAAUAAUCAAUCUGUCACUGAAAGUUUCUUAGAAUCCUUUGCCCAUAGCAGGUCUAAUCAUAAUAACAACGGCAACAACAAUUCGUCCUUAACGACAAAUCAACAGCAUGCUACGCAACUUCAUAAUCACUUAACCCAAAACACUAAUAUUCAGCAAUCGGUCACCCCUUCUUCCACACAUCAUAAUAGUCAUCAUAGUCUCUCGCCGCAUGGCUCCUCCGGUCCGAUGUUGCAGUCUCCCACUUCUCAUCGUCAUCACCCUUACCAAAGAUCUGAUUCAAAUAUCACCCCGACAAGUCAUUCGAAUUCCUCACAACAUAUGCGCAAUGCAGCAGAAAUGACGUUAAAUGAGUACAACCGCGCCGAAGUUUCUAGCGCUGACGAUAUACUGAGACGAGCUUCGCUGAAAAUACGUCCGUCAGAAGCGCUAACUGCCAUUCCUAACGGCCCACCUACCACAAAUGCGGCCACAAACAAUUAUAUGUUAAACGUUUUACACGAAAGCGAUGGCUAUCGUAUGCCUGCCUUAAAACAGGAACCGGAAACGGGUUAUUAAGAAAGUGCCUUUUUUAUAGAAUAUUAUAUCAGUUAAUAGACUCUUUCUAAGUCUUUAAACUAGUUAAGCAUGUUGAAACAUGCCUUUUUUUUUUAAUUUAGUGGUUCUUCUUAAAUUUAAUUAGUCUUCCCAAAUAGUUUAUUAAAUAUUUUAAUUA